AAUAUCUUCACCUUGUCUCUUUCUGAACUUCACAGAAACAUACAUUUUCCAUGCAUACAGUUUAGCAGUGACUCAAUGGGUCACGUUUGUGUCCACACGUGUCACACACACACACACACACACACACACACACACACACACACACACACACACACACACACACACACACACACACACACACGUGCACUUUGUAGGCGUGGUUGUCCUGACAUCACAAUGUCCUGAUAACAAGGACUUUGUGACACAGCGUAACAAGUUGACACACCGCGUGAGAGCAGCCAAGAGAAGAAGAGUUUGCGUAAGUUGGUUUUCUAUUUUUGCCACGAUUCAUCUCAGCACACAAUGAAGGCUCCUCAUCAUGACAACGAUUGUCACACUGGCGUGAAGGUGUUCUUGAUAGAGACAGACGUCUUGACUAAAUGCUGAAAUAUGAAGAAGGUUGUUGAAAUCUUUCUUGUCAAAUAGAACAACUUCACCAGUCUCUUCUCAAACGUGUAAUUUGGUCGUUUCAUGCUAGCUUGAAGUGAAAGCGUCGUUUAGUUGUCCUGUCACUUGACACUGGUCUACAAAUUUUCCAAACAUUUCUGCUUCUGAGAUAAAACAUAUCACUCUUGGUCAAUUUUGGACAGCUGAACAAGAAUAUGACCAUCAAAAAUGUUAUUAGCUAAAAUGUUAAAGGUUCUUUAUUACAUAGUAAUACACAAUGUGAUGUGUCUCCGUACACUUUACGUGCAUACAUUCACAAGAUUAUGAAGAUUCAAGUAGGUACUUCUUGUCAAGUGAAUAUAGCUUCUGUAUUCAACAUUAUGUGGCCUACCUUCAUUGCCAGUUGUGGGCAUAUGGUAUGCCACAGGGGUGGUGUAUCUUUAAAACAAGAGCUAAUGAGCAUUUUAAAACGUCAUUUUCAUACUCAGUGACCCAAAAUUAGCCAAGAAUGACUACUUUAAUUUCAGUAGCAUUUUGGGUGUAGUCCGGUGUGAUCAGAGGAGCAGGAAGUAGCCAUCUCAUUUUGCUAUGUGCGGGAAAUGGACGACAGUGGCUCAUAAAAGGUGCUACAGAUAAAGGAAGAUUCUGGCACAGAUGGUGGCCUUUGCUCGCACUAAAAGGAAUGCGUAGACUGUAUUCCACAUGACACUGCACUCGCUUCUGAUAAACGUUGGUGUGUUGUAUGAUGUUAGCUAAAUGAGUUGAUAGGCAAAGUUUGUAACCUAACCCUGUUUUCCAUGCUGGAAGGAUGGCUGUGGAGGAGGAGAGCAAAGAGCUGCUGUGGGAAACACUCAUGGAACUGAAGCAGGUCGACUUCAAGGCCUUCAAGUUCCACAUGCACCUACACAAGAGCGUCGAGGAGAAGGCAGACCAGGUGGACGUGGUGCACGAGCUGGACAAGAGGCAUGGAAAGCAGGCCACUGAGGAGGCCAUCAAGAUUCUAGAGAAAAUCCAAGUGUACAAUUUGGCAGACAAAUUACGCACAGACUUUGGGGUGCUAAGAGCUUCUGUCUCUGACAGCAAAAAAGCCAAGUGGCAACAAACAAGGGGGAAGGCACACCUCAAGCGUCAAAGCAGUGCCAUAUUCUCCAUAUCUGCUGAGGAGAUUGACCAAUACAAGUGGGAGUACCAAGACAACCUGCGAAGCGAGUACAUCAACGCUUCAGAGGGUAAGACUGAGCGCAGCCAUCAGCGGCCGCUGGCGGACGUCUAUAUGGACCUCAACAUCACCUACGGGGGGGUCGCAAGUCCCAACAAGCAGCAUGAGGCUCUUUACAUGGAAAUUUGUGCCACGGGCGACAAAUCUAUUGAGCCACAGAACAUUUUCAAAAGCGCAAGCGGGAAGCCACAACCCAUACGCACACUGUUGACUGUUGGCAUCGCAGGGAUUGGCAAAACCUUCUUGGUGCAGAAGUUCGUGCUGGACUGGGCCCACCGGAAAACAAACAAAGAUGUGCAAUUUAUAUUUCCUUUCACCUUCCGUGAGCUGAACUUGGAGAAGGGAAAAAGGUUUUCGCUGACAGGGCUGAUCAGACACUCCAUCUACCAGACCAAGGCCUUCAGCGCACAAACGCUCAACGCCAUCUUUGUGCGACUGCAGGUGUCAGGGAAGCGAGACUACGAGAGCGCCCCCAUCAAGAUUGUCUUUGUGUUGGACGGAUUGGACGAGUGCCGCCUCAAGCUGGACCUGACGACGAAGAAGCCGGUGGACCUGGACGUGACCAAGGCGUACCCGGUGGAGGUGCUGCUGGCACAUCUCAUCAAAAGGAACCUGCUUCCCUGCUCUCGCGUGUGGAUCACCACGCGGCCCGUGACAGUCCGCCAGAUCCCUCAGAAACUCAUCGACAGCACAACGGAGGUGAAAGGAUUCAAUGAUUCCCAGAAGAUGGAAUAUUUCAGGAGGAGGUUCCCAAAUCAGGAGCACAUUGUCUCCUACAUCCAGAAUUCUCACACCAUUUUUGUCAUGUGCAGCAUGCCCAUCUUCUGCUGGUUAACAGCAACAGUUCUUCAGGAUUAUUUGGACACUGGGAAGAAGGGGGAGCUGCCUGAAACGCUGACCGAGAUGUACACCGAGUUCCUGCUUUACCACCUGGAUAAAGCCCGGAUGAGAGACAACAAAAAGGGCAUCCAGAAUGUCCAGGCCUUAGCAAAACUGGCUUUUCACCACCUGAUGAAAAACAAUCAGAUCUUCUACGAGAAUGACCUGCAGGACAGCGGCUUUGAUUACCUCAAAGCUGCAAAGGACUGUGGAAUGUUCACAGAGGUUUUCAAGCAAAUACAGCCACUGAAAAAAAAUCAACAGUGCAAGAUGUUUGAGUUCAUCCAUCAGAGCAUACAGGAGUACCUGGCUGCUCUGUAUGUGAUGAUGUCCCUCCUGAAUGACAACAAGAACAUUCUAGCGGAGUCCGAUCUGUCAGUGGAAGGGAUUCUUACACUCUGCAAGCAAAAAUCCAUCACGAAGCUUCAUGAGAUAGCUAUUCACAAAGCAUCCAAGAGUGAGGGACUCCUGGACUUGUUCCUCCGCUUCCUAUUGGGCCUUUCCUUGCAGUCCAACCAGAAGCUUCUUAAGGGCCUGCUGAAGAUUCCAAAGGGCUCUUGGCAAAGCAACGCAGACACCAUCCAGUUCAUCAAGGAAAAGAUAGAGGAGAACUCUCCAGAGAAGAACAUUAACUUGUUCUACUGCCUCAAUGAACUGAAGGAUGAUUCCUUGCUGGAGCAGAUCCAGCAGUACCUGAGUUCCGGAGGUUUAUCAACGGACGACCUGCCUCCCUCCAUGUGGUCAGCCUUGGUAUUCUUUCUACGCUCCUCUGACCAAGCUAUGAAGUCCUUUGAGCUAAAGAGGUACUCGGCAUCGCUAACAGGCCUUGUGAUGUUGCUGCCAGUGGUUAAAGCUUCACACAAAUCACUGCUCAACGACUGCAACCUGACAAAGAGCAGCUGUCAGCCUGUGGCCUCCGUUCUCAGCUCACAGUCCAACCUGAGGGAGCUGGAUCUCAGUGACAACGACCUGCAUGACGCAGGCAUCAAGCUCCUCUCUGCUGGACUGGAGACACCACAGUGCACUUUGCAGGUUCUCAGGCUGUCAGGCUGCAUGAUCACCAUGGUGGGCUGCUUGUCACUAGCCAAGGCUCUCAAGUUAAACCCCUCCCACCUGCGAGUGCUGGACCUGAGCUACAAUCAUCCAGAAGAGGAAGGAAGGAAGGUCCUGAGUGAGACCCAGAUGGAUCCCAGCUCCAGCCUUGAGAAUGUCAACUUGGAGCAUGGUGGCAAAGAACGUUUGAUUCCUGGCAUAAAGAAAUACAUCAGCAGACCUACUUUGGACGCCAACACGGCCCACAAAAACCUCAGUCUGUCUGACCACUGCAAGAAGGUGACUGUGGUACUGGAGGAGCAGCCGUAUCCCCCAAACCCACAGAGGUUUAACUGUUGGCGUCAGGUUCUGUGUGUUGCCGGGCUGACGGACCGCUGCUACUGGGAGGUUGACUGGGAGGGGAAGGUCUACAUUGCUGUGACGUAUGCCGGAAUCAGACGGAUCGGGGAUGGAGACGACGUCUGCCUGGGAGCCACAGACAUCUCCUGGGCGCUGGUCUGCGAUGAGGACGGCACCUACUCUGUGCGGCACGAUGACAGAACUGUGGGCCUGGCGUCAGACCCCUUUCCCACAUCUAAGAAGGUGGCUGUGUUUUUGGACCAUCCCGCCGGAAAGCUGUCCUUCUACAAAGUGAAGUCAGGGGAGCGAGCCCUGCUCCACACAUACCAGCACACUUUCACACAGCCUCUCUACCCUGCCUUCGGCUUUGGCUUUGACAAUGGUUAUUCUGGCUUCGGGAACUCUGUGACGCUCGGCGGCGACUUUAUCUUCACCCGCUUCUGAUCCUCCACCAGGACACCACCUGCUAGCAUUGUUUAACUGUGUGUAACGGAUGCCUGCUGGUGUGGCUGUGCGAUUGUACACUGGUAAUGUACCACUCCCUGACGUCUUAAGAGUUGAUAACUUGGACUUUUAUCUUGUUGACUGGAACUGCUUAAUUGUCAUUUAGCGGACUAAUAGAAUAUUUGCUAUGUUCAUAGUGUCUGUGGACAGUUGCAUGGGUUAGGGUUACUCUGUUCCAUUCACUUGCGGCACACUCGACAGUCCUGUUCAUUUAGCGUCCUUGGUUUGGACAUUUGGAUUUGAAACAUUUAAAGUCAGGAUUAGGAUGCCGCAGUAGAUGUGUUGACUGCGUGGUGUGGAGUAAAUGUGUUGUUUUUUUCCACAUUUAGUGGAGAGUGUGCUGUGUACUUAUGUAAAGUUUUAUGGUCAUCUUGUCUGUCUUGACGUAACGUUUCCAACUAUUUGUAUCGCACAUCAUCGUAGCCCUUCCGCUUGGCGCGUUAUGACAGUUUGAAGAAAGGACAGGGUUAGGAUUGGGUUAGGAUUGGGUUAGGAUUGGGUUAGGGGUUAGUGUUAGGAGGGUUAGGGUUAGGAUUGGAGGAAGACGGGGGAGGAGAAGUGAAGAAAAGCUAAGUUGUAGCUGUACGAUGCAACCCGGACAGAGCGUGUGAUUAAAGUUGAUGAAGAGUUAAUAGGCCUGCUUAAUUCUACACCACCCACAGAACACUACCUCUUUUAGAAGAGUCUAACCACCACCACCAUUUGUCCUUUUAUUCAAUAACUCCUCCUCCUCCACAACGACGUAUGCUCGACCACUCCUCUUCAAAGGUAAAUAACAUUUAUCAUUACGUAUUAUUAUAUCACUUUUAUUAUUGUUUUUUUCAUUAAUUAUCCUGGUUUAAUAUUACUACUGCAUCCAAACUCAUAUUUACAUACAUACACAUAUACUGUAUAUGUAUACACGUACAUGUAGUACCUAUAUCAUUGGUAAUACUACCUUUUACCCUACUUAAGAACGAUUCUAUUCUAGUCAUGUACGAGAUAAGAAUAAAACUAAGAUGAGAGCAUCUUAAAUAGUGUUCUGAGGAACAGCACUAAGAAAGCAGACUAGUUUAUGCUGCGAAACUAAUAAGGAUGACAUGAAUGAGCUACUUGAAAUGUUCAACAAUUAUUUAGGAAAUAUUGGAGCUAAACUGGAAGAAGACAUUCCAAAACUCCAGACAAUGGAGGAAUGGAAUGAAACCAUAGAUAGGAUCUCAAUUCCAUGUUUCUUACUGAUGGAACUAAAAAGGAAAUCACUGACAUUGUCAACAAUUUCAAAGCAAAAGCAUCAACUGAUUGUAAUGGAAUGGAAAUGGAAACAAUGAAAAAGGGUCAUCAAUGAGAUUGUCGAAGCGUUAACAUAGAUUAGUAACUUAUCAUUCCAGACUGGAACAUUAACUAACUACAUGAAAAUAGCUAAAGUGGUUCCAAUUUUAAAAAAUGGAGAUGAACACCAAUUUACUAAUUACUGACCAGUUUCCUCAGAGAGGUAUAUAGUUCACUUUGUGUCAAAAAGGUAUUUAUGGCAUGUCUUGAUUGAUUUAUGGCACCCUGUCAUAAAAGUUUAUGAUAUGGCAAUAAAACAAUAAAGCAAUAAAGCAAUAAAACAAUAAAACAUCAAAGCGUUUUCACACCUAUGUGUCAGGAAGCAAUAAAAGUUUAUGGCAUACCAAUAAAGCAAUAAAACAAUAAAAUAAUAAAACAUCAAAGCAUCAGGAAGCGGACAUGCGGAAGUCAUAAACGGACAUCUGGAAGCCAUAAACCAUGAAAGAAGUUUCACACCUAUGUGUCAGGGGUCAAAGCAUCAGGAAGCGGACAUGUGGAAGUCAUAAAACAAACAAACAAUCAUAAAAUCAUUCCCACGUGACUGUGUUUUCUUCCGGCUGCGUGUGGGGGGAAGCCCCCAUUCCCAUACCCCUCCUUUCCUAACGACCCCCCUCCACCCCCACCACCCCCAAGACAUCCUCCGGCCUUAUCUGGGUGUGUCUCAGCAUGUGUGACUGGGGCCCCCAAUACCGCCCCCUCCGGCCUGUCUGUGUGUCUCAAACAUGGAGUUUUCCCAUUGAAACAAUAGAAAUAAUACUGCUAAAACAUUCAACACAUUGCAUCUUUAGCUCACACGUCCCCAUUCAAACCAUUUAAAUCAACCAAGUGCAAAGACAGUCAAAACACUGAAAACACUUUUUUUACCACAUUCCCAUUGAAACAAUAUAAAUAAUACUGCUAAAACAGUCAAAACAACAGUCAAAACACUGAAAACACUUUUUUACCAUAGUCCCAUUGAAACAAUAGAAAUAAUACUGCUAAAACAGUCAAAACAACAGUCAAAACACUGAAAACACUUUUUUACCAUAGUCCCAUUGAAACAAUAGAAAUAAUACUGCUAAAACAUUCAACACAUUGCAUCCUUAGCUCACACGUCCCCAUUCAAACCAUUUCAAUCAGCCAAUUGCAAAGACAGUCAAAACACUGAAAACACUUUUUUACCACAUUCCCAAUGAAACAAUAGAAAUAAUAAUACUAAAACAGUCAAAACAUUACAACCUUAGAUACCAGUCUUUCUACUAUAGCUAUUUUGUUAAAAAUUAUAUUUUAAUGUCAUGAUUACCUGUCAGCCGUCCAUCCACCAGCCUUGUUUCUUCAAUAGCAAAGUACAUAUGACACAUCUAGGCCACUCCCUCCUGCAUCUAGACCACUCCCCCCAACCAGCUGAUACAAUCAUUGUUGAAAGCUAUCAGCUUGACCCCUUGGCGUUAAAACAGACUUUAUACAUGAAAGCAAAUAAAGCUGAUAUAGAGAGUCAGAGUCAGGAAGCUGUAAAAAAAACAAAACAGGAAACCUUGGUACAACUGUCUUAUCACCCCUAUGACAAAGUCAGAAAACUUGGCAAUUGUGGAUCGUUACAAUAGUCUAGCCUGACACAGCGGGGGUUCGCAGACUGUUUGAUCCCCAUGUCUUUACCCUGUGUAUGGGGGUGUGUCUGCGCAUGCGCGUGUGGGUGUGUGGGUGUGUGUUUUACUCUGACCAGGGGCAAUGGAGCAUGUACGGACAUGCCCUAUUUUCUAAAAAAUAAAAAAAUAAAAAAAAAGUCGAACGUCAUCAAAAACGUCAGAGGGUGGGGGGCGUGUGGGAUCGGACACGGUAAAUAAAACACAUCUCCGGUGUUCGCACACCGCACAAGAUACAACCCGUCGUAAAGCUGCGGUACACCUCACGUGUGUGCGUGGGUUUGGUGUUAUAAAAAGAGACAUUCAAAAACCUAAGGUCUGCAGUCUGACCUAUUGACAUCUGGAUACACUACAUCCGAGACCUCACAAUCUAUCAUGAUAAAUUGCGGUGAAUAUACAGCAUUUUUUUUAUAACACCGUGUAGGCAUCAAAUCAAAUCACACGCUAUAUUUGUAGAUUUUGCUGUACGGGGUGAAAUCCAUCCACAUCCAGAAAGCCGUCCUUGUAAGUACUUUGAUAGCUUGGAAAUAUGUGAAAUAUGUACAAUAUUUUAACAAUAACAUUAUAACUUGAAGCUGUCAUCGGAGAAGAGUUGGGAUGUAUCAAUCUGACACAAUCAGAUAUUUGUGAGUAUUGAUUCACAUCCAGUAUGGCUCAUAUCACUAUGAUGAUAAUCAAUUAAAAACAUGAAUUGUAGAUUUAAUUGAUGCCAUGCAAUGACAAUUUCUUAUAAAAAUAGGCUUUGAAGCUGUCGGGUGGGAUGAAGUAGAACAAACAAAGGGUGGAGUGUUUGACUCGCACGUUCAUGAAACGAGUGAUUCAGCGCAACAGCAAAACAGAGAUUUAAGUGCCCAGGCUGAGGAUGAAGAAUCAUCUUCCAUGGUGACAGAUUGCGAAUCAGUGGGGGGUGUACAGACCAUAACAGGAAGUGUGGGCCGUCGCCACAAAGUUCAAAGUAGAAAAGGAGCGCGCGCAAGAAGGAGAAGGAGCCGAGUUCGUCGUAGGAUACUCAAGAGCCUUCUUACCCACGUGGUUCACAUCUUAGUUGAAGUUUGGUAAUGUGAAUUUGUAUUUUUUUCACAAUGGACUGUAAUAUGGAUGAGGUUUUCCCUGAUAUUGUACCUUAUGAGAUGGCUGUAAAUGAUUUAAAUAGAAUCCCUCUUGAGCAAAAUGAAAAUGAUCUGGGUCCUGAAACAGUAGAUGGUGUUGAUGAUGAUGAUCCUUUUUGGGCUAUUAGACAAAUAAAUGACUUUGAAGACUUUUUUAGUCCGCUUGAAAGAGCACUCGAUCAGCUAAAUGCACCACAACCGUACGACUGUACACGGGAUGAAGCAAUCGUACAAGCGGGGGGAAAUCUAGCAGACCCUGAAAUAGUGCACCGGACCCGUUUCAACAAUGUGGAAAUAAGACGUCUGUUAAAUAUACCCCAGCCUGAACACGUGCCUGAUUUUGCAACCUUUUACACCGGUGUUAUGGACAAUGUGAACGACUUAGCUGAUAGAGCUAUAGCCGUGUCAGCACCUGGAGACAUUGUGCAGCUGGAGUUGGUGGGGGAGGGUGUGAGGCAACACGUGUCUGUUCAAGUGACUGGCGAAUCAGAUGAUGUCCAUGCAGCGUUUCAAAAUGUGCUGGAUCGCCUGGUACAAUCCAAUUUAGAAGUGAUGGCUGAUGCCAGUCUAGAGCUUGUCAUGCAGGUGAUGCGUGACCAUAGAGGCGGGGUCAAACGCAAGCUGGAGAAAACACUUGAUUGUGAAAUAAUUAAAAAGAAAAAACGACAUCUGUACAUUCUAUACAAUAGAGACGAUCAAUUAUGCUUUGCAACCCUAAUAGCUCUCAUGCUAGAUAGCGAGCAGACGUUAGAAUCAGCCAAGCAGCGGGGGAGGUGCCUACAGCAAUGUGUAGGGCUGAGUGAUCAGACACCCAUGGGUUUUAAUGAUAUUUAUAAAUUUGAGACACUUCUGAGUCGUAAAAUCGUUGUGUUGUAUAGACAAGAGGGCUGCAGACCUCUUUGUCAUUUUGAGACAAAUUUCCCCAAAUCUGCCGACGCUCUGUUUCUGUAUUUGGCGCAAAAUCACUACUACGGUAUAAAAUCAACUGCUGGCUUUGCUGGACACAAGUAUUUCUGUCAUUUCUGCUACAAAUGUCAUGACAGCCCCCACACCCACCGCUGCCAAUGGCAUUGUUCUAUCUGUACUGCCCCUGAGUGCACGCAGCAAAAGACGGUUGGGAUUUACUGUCCAGACUGUCACAAAAUAUGCCGCACGCAAUCUUGUUUUGACAGACAUAAGGAGCGCAGAUACGCCACCAAAAAACAGACCCACGUUAGCACGUGUGACUUGUGGAAAAAAUGUCCUGAAUGCGAUAUGACGUGCUAUAUCAGCACGGCUGCGAAAAAGCAUAUAUGCCUCACUCGGAGGUGUCAGACCUGUGGUGUGCAACUUCUUUGUGGUGAUGAAGACCAGCCUCACUUAUGCUUCAUGCAACCCUUAACGGUGGAAAAACCCUGCGAUAACUUAAUAUUCUACGAUUUUGAAACCUAUGUAGAUGAAGACAAUAAACACGUGCCAUUCCUGGUGUGUACAAAAACACUGUGUGGAGAGGUGCAGAGCUGGUACGGUCUGGAUUGUGUUAAAAAAUUUAUCCACCAUUUCAGGAGAAAUAAGUUUAGAGGAUCGACUUUAAUAGCUCACAAUGCUAGGGGGUUUGACAGUUAUUUGAUCCUCAAUCAAAUGGUGAAGAUGAAUCUCACACCCACCACAAUCAUGACAGGGAGUAAAGUUCUCUCUUUUACAGACCAAGAUUACAAGCUAAGGUACAUCGACUAUCGUUCCUAACCACGCGUCUCAGUGCUAUGCCCAAAGCCUUAGGGUUUGAAAAUCAAGCUAAAGGUUAUUUUCCACACGGGUUCAGCUCCAAAGAGCAUCUGAAUUAUGUUGGCCCCUACCCACCCCCCAGCGCUUAUGGGGUAGAGCGCAUGACCCCUGCUGAGAAGGAGGUGUUUCUCACUUGGUACGCAAAAGAAUGCAAGGGUACAUUUAAUUUUGAGAAGGAGGCCUCGCUGUAUUGCAAAAAUGAUGUUGACAUUUUGGCCCAGGGUUGUGCUAGAUUCAGAGAUGAAUUUCUUAGCGAGACGGCUGUAGACCCGAUGAGCUGCGUCACCAUAGCCUCGGCUAGCAUGAAAGUGUUCAGGACCAGGUUUUUAAAACCUAACACGAUUGCUAUACCGCCCCCCGACAAUUACGCACGACAACACAAAUCAUACUCUCAAGCCGGCAUUCAAUACUUGGAGUGGGUCGCCCACACCGAAAACAUAUUCAUCAGACAUGCAUUGAACACUGGUGAAAAAAAGAUUGGCGAGUACUUUGUGGAUGGUUAUGCCGAAUCGGGUGGUGUAAAGUAUGUGUGGGAGUUUUUGGGGUGUUUUUUUCACAGAUGCUCUGACUGCUUUUUAGCCAUCUGAGAUUUGUCCAUUAACGGGGCGUCCCUUUCAGGAGCUGCGUGACAAAACCCACAAGAAAUUAGACGCAUUAAAGACCAAACACGGGGUGCAACUUACAGUAAUGACGGAACAUGAAUGGAAUAACAUGAAAAAGUCACAUCCGCGGUUGAGGGAGUUCCUGCUUCACUACAACGCCCCAGAGCCGCUUUCACCACGUCAGGCUUUUUUUGGAGGUAGAACAAGUGCGUUUACUUUAAGGUACACAGCUGCACAAAAUGAGCGCGUGCUGUACGUUGAUGUCACCUCUCUGUAUCCUUAUGUAAACAGCAACUUUGCUUACCCGUUAGGUCAUCCGAUUAUUAUCCACAAAGACUUUGAUGAACCUCAAGCCUAUUACGGGCUUAUUAAAGCGGCAGUCAUCCCUCCGAGAGGCCUUUUUUUUCCAGUUUUACCACAUAAAACAUCCAGGGGGUAAACUGGUGUUCCCGCUUUGUCGUACAUGCGCCGAAAUAAACAACCAGGAGGGGGCGUGUGUGCAUAAUGAUGAUGAGAGGUUGCUGACGGGGGUGUGGGUCACGGUGGAAUUUAACAAAGCUCUCGAGUUAGGUUACAAGGUAGCCAAGAUUAUGGAGGUGUGGCAUUUUGAAAGAGCGAGCAACACCAUCUUCAUCUUUGUGGAUUAUAUGCACACUUUUUUGAAGGGGAAGCAGGAGGCUUCGGGAUACCCGCCUGAUGUUGUUGAUGAUGAGGGCAGAGAGAAGUACAUCCGCGACUAUCAGAUCCACCAGGGUAUUCGAUUAGACCCCGCCAAAAUCAAAUCAAACCCAGCAAAGAGACAAAUGUCUAAACUCUUUCUGAAUUCUCUUUGGGGGAAACUAGGCCAGAGGGAUAAUUUAGUUCAAACCCGACUCAUCAGAGACCCGGAUGAAUUUUUCAAACUCAUGUUCUCUGGUAAAUACGAGAUCAAGUACUUCUCUUUCCUCAACGAUGACGUGUCAAUGAUACAGUAUAAAUACAAUCAACACUACACAGCCCCCCCAGGAAAAUCCUCAAACAUCUUUUACACUUGCUUCACAACUGCGUACGCCAGACUGUUAAUGUACAAAUACUUGGAGAAACUGCAGACACGUGUUCUUUACACUGACACCGACAGACUCAUUUACAUUGUUAAAGAGGGGGAAACACCUCUCGAGUUGGGGGAUUACUUGGGUGAUUUGACGGAUGAAUUGAAUGGUGACAGCAUUCAGGAAUUUGUAGCAGCCGGUCCUAAAAGUUACGCCUACCAAACCCGAGACAGCGGAAAAACUGUCUUGAAGGUGAAAGGUAUCACGCAAACACAAGAGUGCUGUGAACGUGUCAAUUUUGACAGUGUCAAAACACUGGUGGAGGGCUACAUUCAGUCAGACCGCGCCCAUGCCAGCACGCUUGAAACACCUCAGCAUAGUAUCAUACGUGAUAAAAAGACAUUUCAUUUGAAAAACACAACAUUUAUGAAGAAGUUCGGGGUGGUAUACGACAAAAGACGCCUCCUGCCUGACGGUACAACUCUCCCGUUUGGCUACUAGAUCAAAAAAUGGAUACGGGGCAAGUAGAUUUUGACCCUAGGUUAGAGCUACCGUUUUCAUGUCUGAUUUCAGGACCCAGCGGAUGUGGAAAAACAUUUUUUGUAAAAAGUAUUUUGGAAAACUGUGAACAUGUAAUGAGAUGUGUGCCUCAAAACAUUGUGUGGAUUUAUACCUCUUAUCAACCCUUGUAUGAUGACAUGCAAAAAACAAAUAAAA